AUGGGGGAGCUGAUGAAGAAAGACAUCAAGUGCGCCCCGGACUGCAAGGCCACGGACGAGGUGAAGGCGAUGGUGUCGGGCAUGAGCGAGGGAGACGUUCUGAUCCUGGAGAACACUCGGUUCUACAAGGGAGAGACCAAGAACGAUCCUGAGCUGGCGGAGAGCAUGGCCAGCCUGGCCGACCUGUUUGUGAACGACGCGUUCGGCACCGCGCACCGCGCGCACUCUUCCACCGAGGGCGUGACCAAAUUCCUGAAGCCGAGCGUCUCGGGCUUCCUGCUGAAGAAGGAGCUGGACUACUUGAAGGGCGCCGUGGACAGCCCGGUGAAGCCGAUGGCGGCCAUCGUGGGCGGCGCCAAGGUGAGCACGAAGAUCCCAGUGAUCGAGUCCAUGCUGGAGAAGGUGGACAAGGUGAUCAUCGGCGGAGGCAUGGUGUUCACCUUCCUGAAGGCACGUGGUCUCUCGGUCGGGAACUCCCUGGUGGAGGACGACCUCAUCCCAGUGGUGAAGAAGCUGGAGGAGCAGGCCAAGGCCAAGGGCGUCGAGAUCAUCCUCCCGAGCGACAUAGCUUGCGGCGACGAGUUCCCCGCGGGGGGCAAAGAGGUGAACUACAAGGUGGUGCCCGCGGAUGAUAUCCCGGACGGCUGGCUCGGCCUGGACAACGGCCCGAAGGCGACUGAGGAGAUCAAGGCUGCUCUGGCGGAUUGCAAGACGAUUAUCUGGAACGGCCCGAUGGGCGUGUUCGAGAGCCCGCAGUUCAGCAAGGGCACCUAUGACGUGGCGGAGUGCAUCGCCGAGCUGACGGAGAAGAACGGCGCCAUCAGCAUCAUUGGUGGCGGUGACUCCGUGUCCGCGGUGAACAAGUCCGGCCUGGCGCCGAAGAUGUCGCACAUCUCCACCGGGGGCGGUGCCAGCCUGGAGCUGCUGGAAGGCAAGGUGCUGCCAGGUGUGGCUGCGCUGGACGAGAAGGAGAUGGCCGCCGCUGCGUUCUGCGGACUGCGCAAGGUCCCCAAGGCUUCCAGGACCAGCCUGCGGGCCAAGAAGUCCGUGGAGGACCUGGGCGAGGCGGACCUCAAGGGGAAGACGGUGCUGAUCCGGUGUGACCUCAACGUGCCCCUGAACGCGGACCUGGAGAUCACGGACGACACGCGCAUCACGGCCUCGAUCCCGACGAUCGAGUACCUCUGCAGCAAGGGCGCCAAAGUGCUGGCGUGCUCCCACCUUGGCCGUCCCAAGGACGGGCCCGAGGAGAAGUUCUCGCUGAAGCCAGUGGCGAAGAAGAUGGGGGAGCUGAUGAAGAAGGACAUCAAGUGCGCCCCGGACUGCAAGGCUACGGACGAGGUGAAGGCGAUGGUGUCGGGCAUGAGCGAGGGAGACGUUCUGAUCCUGGAGAACACUCGGUUCUACAAGGGAGAGACCAAGAACGAUCCUGAGCUGGCGGAGAGCAUGGCCAGCCUGGCCGACCUGUUUGUGAACGACGCGUUCGGCACCGCGCACCGCGCGCACUCCUCCACCGAGGGCGUGACCAAGUUCCUGAAGCCGAGCGUCUCGGGCUUCCUGCUGAAGAAGGAGCUGGACUACUUGAAGGGCGCCGUAGACAGCCCAGUGAAGCCGAUGGCGGCCAUCGUGGGCGGCGCCAAGGUGAGCACGAAGAUCCCGGUGAUCGAGUCCAUGCUGGAGAAGGUGGACAAGGUGAUCAUUGGCGGAGGCAUGGUGUUCACCUUCCUGAAGGCACGUGGUCUCUCGGUCGGGAACUCCCUGGUGGAGGACGACCUCAUCCCAGUUGUGAAGAAGCUUGAGGAGCAGGCCAAGGCCAAGGGCGUCGAGAUCAUCCUCCCGAGCGACAUAGCCUGCGGCGACGAGUUCCCCGCGGGGGGCAAAGAGGUGAACUACAAGGUGGUGCCCGCGGAUGCGAUCCCGGACGGCUGGCUCGGCCUGGACAACGGCCCGAAGGCGACCAAGGAGAUCAAGGCUGCUCUGGCGGAUUGCAAGACGAUUAUCUGGAACGGCCCGAUGGGUGUGUUCGAGAGCCCGCAGUUCAGCAAGGGCACCUACGACGUGGCGGAGUGCAUCGCCGAGCUGACGGAGAAGAACGGCGCCAUCAGCAUCAUUGGUGGCGGUGACUCCGUGUCCGCGGUGAACAAGUCCGGCCUGGCGCCGAAGAUGUCGCACAUCUCCACUGGGGGCGGUGCCAGCCUGGAGCUGCUGGAAGGCAAGGUGCUGCCAGGUGUGGCUGCGCUGGACGAGAAGGAGAUGGCCGCCGCUGCGUUCUGCGGACAGCGUAAGGUCCCCAAGGCUUCCAGGACCAGCCUGCGGGCCAAGAAGUCCGUGGAGGACCUGGGCGAGGCGGACCUCAAGGGGAAGACGGUGCUGAUCCGGUGCGACCUCAACGUGCCUCUGAACGCGGACCUGGAGAUCACGGACGACACGCGCAUCACGGCCUCGAUCCCGACGAUCGAGUACCUCUGCAGCAAGGGCGCCAAGGUGCUGGCGUGCUCCCACCUGGGGCGCCCCAAGGACGGGCCCGAGGAGAAGUUCUCGCUGAAGCCAGUUGCGAAGAAGAUGGGAGAGCUGAUGAAGAAGGACAUCAAGUGCGCCCCAGACUGCAAGGCCACGGACGAGGUGAAGGCGAUGGUGUCGGGCAUGAGCGAGGGAGACGUUCUGAUCCUGGAGAACACUCGUUUCUACAAGGGGGAGACCAAGAACGACCCCGAGCUGGCGGAGAGCAUGGCCAGCCUGGCGGACCUGUUCGUGAACGACGCGUUCGGCACCGCGCACCGCGCGCACUCCUCCACCGAGGGCGUGACCAAGUUCCUGAAGCCGAGCGUCUCGGGCUUCCUGCUGAAAAAGGAGCUGGACUACUUGAAGGGCGCCGUGGACAGCCCGGUGAAACCGAUGGCGGCCAUCGUGGGCGGCGCCAAGGUGAGCACGAAGAUCCCGGUGAUCGAGUCUAUGCUGGAGAAGGUGGACAAGGUGAUCAUCGGCGGAGGCAUGGUGUUCACCUUCCUGAAGGCACGCGGCCUCUCGGUCGGAAACUCCUUGGUGGAGGACGACCUCAUCCCAGUUGUGAAGAAGCUGGAGGAGCAGGCCAAGGCCAGGGGCGUCGAGAUCAUCCUCCCGAGCGACAUAGCAUGCGGCGACGAGUUCCCCGCGGGGGGCAAAGAGGUGAACUACAAGGUGGUGCCCGCGGAUGCGAUCCCGGACGGCUGGCUCGGCCUGGACAACGGCCCGAAGGCGAACGAGGAGAUCAAGGCUGCUCUGGCGGAUUGCAAGACGAUCAUCUGGAACGGCCCGAUGGGCGUGUUCGAGAGCCCGCAGUUCAGCAAGGGCACCUACGACGUGGCGGAGUGCAUCGCCGAGCUGACGGAGAAGAACGGCGCCAUCAGCAUCAUUGGUGGCGGUGACUCCGUGUCCGCGGUGAACAAGUCCGGCCUGGCACCGAAGAUGUCGCACAUCUCCACCGGGGGCGGCGCCAGCUUGGAGCUGCUGGAGGGCAAGGUGCUGCCAGGCGUCGCCGCCCUGGACAACGCAUGA